GGGGCGAUCUGUAAGGAAUAAAACCUCAGUGGUGUUUAAUCAAAUUUGCCUUCCCAAAACGAAAACCACAUACCGAAGGAAACAGAUCCAGAGGGCCUUCUUCAACUUGUUCCGACGAUCACCUCCAGUCAAAACAUCAGUCCAAACCCUCUCUCUCUCUCUCUCUCUCUCUCUCUCUCUCCUCAGCGACUCUCUCUCUAUCUCGCUGCGAAAAAAUGCACGGCCGUCCACGCAAACCCCCAUCACCAGAAGAGGAAAAAGCUUACGACAUCAAAGCUUCCAAACUACGCGCCCUCCAAUCCCAGUUCCUCCAAUUUCACCACGACCAGAUUUACACGAAAGAAGCCCUAGAAGUGUGCGCGAAGCUCGUUGAAUCGAAUCCCGAGUACAUCCCGGCUUGGAAUUACAGAAAACUCGCUGUCGAAUGCAUUGUUAGUCAGUUGGAGAGCGAUCCAGACGCCAUUAAAGCAAUUUUCGGAGAAGAACUAAAAGUGACAGAGCGUGCAUUAGCAAAGAAUUACAAGUCUUAUGGGGCCUGGUAUCACCGUAAAUGGGUAUUGAGAAAGGGGCAUUCAUCAAUAGACCGGGAAUUGGAGCUUCUGAAACUGUUCCUGCAGCAAGAUACCAGGAAUUUCCAUGCUUGGAAUUACCGGAGAUUUGUAGCACCAUUGAAGAACAGAUCUGAUGAGGAGGAAUUACAGUUCACAACCGAUAUGAUAAAUGGCAAUUUCAGUAACUACUCUGCGUGGCAUAAUCGUAGUGUACUUCUGUCUCAUUUAUUGGAGAAUAAGGUUGAAGGGUAUUUCCCAAAGGAGAAGGUUCUAACAGAGGAAAAUGAGCUUGCUCACCAAGCACUUUUCACUGACCCGUAUGACCAGAGUGGAUGGUUUUAUCAUCAUUGGCUUCUCAAUCAAAUAGUAAAAAUUGAGACACCUCUAUUGGUUUAUACUUGGCCUCCUCCUGGUUCAAAUCUCAAAUUAUCAGUGGAUGGGUGCUUGGAUGACAGUCUUCCUUUGUCUCCUAUUACAAGUUUCCAUCUUAAGACCGGACAAAUUCCUGUAGUUCUUUAUUUUAGUGAAGCAGUUGAAGGUGUAAACUCGUCCACAAUAACCUUGGAGUCAUCUAUACAUGAUACAAACACGGAGCUAAUUUGGUCACCACUUUCAACAAAUAACUCUGGAAGGGCCCAAGCUUGGGUGACACAUCUAAGCUUUCCAGAGGAGAAGUUCCAUUUUUCACAAGCCAAUCCAAUAAAGGUCACCAUUGGACAUUCUGAGGGCAUCAAGUCUAUUAGCGGUUUUACCCUUAGCCAUCCUAUGUAUUUUGAGUUUAUAGUAUAUCUACAAACUACCGCUCCACACCAUGCUGAUUUGCAAAGUUUAGAUAUGAUUACAUGGGGAGAUGAAAAUUUUCUUACUUAUGAAGUACAUCCUAAGGAAUCAAGCCAAAUUAAAUUGUCUGAUCCAUUGAAGAGCAGUGAUGACAAUGGGUCGAUGGCUUAUAGGUGGAAUGCAGAGACCAUAACUAGUGAGAUAGCUCUUUUCCGGGAAUUGCUGUCAGUGACAGAUUGUAAAAUUGGAAAGCUUACACUUGCAAGAUUGUUGACUGCACUUGAUGCAAUGAUCUCAUAUGACAAGACUUUAGAGUCUAAGGAGGUGGUCCAUUUUGAAGAAGUUUUGGAGUUGUAUAGUGAUCUGAUGAAACUGGACCCGCCACAUUCUCAGUUUUACAAGGAUGAACACAGCUUAGUCUUGUUGCAGCAGUUGACCUCCAAUCCAGAAUCUUUGCUGAGGCAUUGCUAUAAUUACAGAGACCCGUCACCUUCGAGAAACAUUUGUUUGCGACUUUGUAAUCUUUCAUUAUCACGAAUUGGUUCUGUUAAGCAAUUAUUGUGGAUCCAAAUGCUAGACCUCAGCCACAACCAACUUCGCUCAAUUGAAGGAUUAGAUGCCAUGCAGCUUCUUUCUUGCUUGAACCUCAGUAACAACAAAAUUGGUAGUUUUUCUGCUCUGGAGCCUCUAAAACAGCUGCAGUCGUUAAGAGCUUUGAAUAUCUCGUACAAUGAGAUUGGUGCACACUCUGUUGACACAAGAAGGUACUUGUGCUCUUCUCCCCUUUCCCAUACUGUAGGAAGUGAUUGGAAUUUCGGCGAAUUUGAAAUCGAUGGUAUUGAUUUCACGAAUUACUGGGAAGCUUUUUCAAUAUUUAAAGACUUGAAGUUGACACAGUUAGAAAUUAUCGGGAAUGUGGUUGCCGAAGAGAAGAUUAAGUUAUUUCUGGUGAAAGUAAUGCCUGCACUAAGAUGGCUUGAUGGUGUAGAACUGCAAUGAUACUUGUUUCUCUCAUACCAUAUUUGUUGGAUUUGAUAUUCGAUUUCUCUCCUAUUUCUCAGAAACUGAGCUGUUAGAAUUUGCAGAUAAUUUACCAAAGACAAUAAUGUUCCUCAAAACAUCAAUAGAAUGUAUGAAUAUUUUCCCUCCAAA